GUCCAUUUCAGACGUCAUCUGCUCUGGGUACGAGACAAGUGUUUUCAUGUGCCGUAGUGGGGGGUUGUUUGUCCCUCCGUCAGACAGAUGUGCCAACCACGACUUCGACCUCGGUGUGCGCUGUUCAGACGGCGUGCGUCUGUUCUCUACAAUCCACAACACCAACAACUCCAUCACUGGCGUGGUGCAGAUUAACCGGGGAUCAGGACUGGAUUAACAUCUGCAAUUGAUUUCUUUGACGACUUGGACGCACAGGUCGUGUGCCGGAGCCAAGGUUACUCGUACUCACGUGUACUGCCCAAGGGCUCGAUGGGUAACCUGAACGGAAACAACCUUAUCACAGCCCUGAACUGCAAUGGCAGAGAGGCCUCCCUCUUAGACUGCCCUGAACAACAGAACAUCACCUGCCCAUGGGGAAACACUGAAAGAUACGCUACAGUUUUUUGUAGUCAAACUCCAUCGGAGCGAGGUCUGCAAGCCGCCCCAAUGUCAGAUGAUGGACUUCUUGUUGUUCUGGCGGACGGAGUCAAGUCCUAUGUCUGUAGCAACAACUGGGACGACGCCGCUGCCUCUGUGUACUGCAAGGACCUGGGCUACCAGUACGGCGUGGCCAUCUACCAGACUUCUGUGCCCAUCUCCCAGGGUGUCGCCGCCUACUUCGUCAACAGCAUCCAUUGCACUGGCAACGAGAACUCUCUGAGUGAAUGUUCCUUCUCCUCCAACUGGUCCACUUGUGUCACGGGCUACAGCAGUGCUGCCCAGGCACUGUGCUACAACUAUACAAGUGGCCGAGAGCUUCGGUUGACUGGAGGUACCACCACUAAUGUAGGGCAAGUCGAGGUCGGUUUCAACGGUGUGUGGGGCACAGUCUGUGACAACGACUUCACCAGUCGUGACGCCACGGCAGUGUGCCUCACUCUGGGCUAUUUUGGUGGUGUCGUUUCGGACAAAAGCAGCAGCAGCCCAAAAUCGACAGGUCCUUUCUACCUGUAUGGCCUCAGUUGCAGUGGUUCAGAGACCAGUCUAUGGCAAUGUCCUGUUAGAAACUUCAACGUCACCUACAGCUUCUGCUCGUCCCGACCCAACAUCCCAAGAGUGAGGUGCACAGGUCAAGUGACACUACUGGAAAAUGCGGGCUAUGGGGCUGUACAGGUGCCCAUCAACACCACGUCCAGGACAUACGGUCUGGUCUGCGAUGACAACUUCACGGACCGCGAGGCCAGCGUGGCCUGCCGUGACCUCGGCUACCCGUACGGCAUCCACCUGUGCUGCUCGGCGUUCGGGUAUAAGUCCCUGCCUAUCGUCCGGUCCGGUGUCAGGUGUACAGGUACCGAGGCUCUGUUCAGCGACUGUUAUUACGACACAAGGACAUACUGCCUGUCUGGAAAAUAUGCCUCCGUCGUAUGCUCCAACAUUCCACCCGACAGCGGUUACACAGUCCAGAUAGACACCGCGUCAAGAGGAUCGUAUGGACGGGUCAAAGUGCAGCACAUGGACUACUGGGGCUUCGUGUGUCCAUCCGGCUUCGACCACAACGACGCCAACGUCAUGUGUAGAGAGGUCGGCUACACCGGGGGCUGGGCUGUGGUGGACAAGUCCUACGACAGAUCCUCGCUCCGCUGGCUGUCCAACAUUGACUGCGACGGCAGCGAGUCUCACCUCAGCCUGUGCCGUAACCUCGUCUUUGGAAACGUCAGCGACUGCGGCAACACCGGAAUCGCCGCCGUCUACUGCAACAGAGAGGCUGACACCCAGUUCCGUCUGGUUAACGGCACACAGACGACGGGUCGAGUGGAGGUGUCGAUGGACUAUGGCAACAGCGGUUCGAUAUGCAGCGAGGGUUGGACCGACGUGGAGGCCGCCGUGGCUUGCAAAAGUAUGGGGUUCGAAUCUGGACGGUUCCUUGGCGCAGGCAUCUACGGGAAGGGUGCAAGUAACUUACUGCUUACUCGCGUAAAGUGCACUCGAGCGGCAUCCUCUCGGUCUCUGUUGGACUGCGAUCUGUCACUCAGCGGUCUCGGCUCCUUUUAUACAACCUGCCCGUAUUCCAGUUAUGGUCCUGCAGUCAAAUGUUUUAAUAAUUCAGUCCGAUUAACGGGGACAAGACAAGAGAAUUACGGGCGAGUGGAAGUCUAUACCAAUGACACCUGGACAGCCGUGUGUGACCAGGGCUUUGACCAGACGGCGGCACAGGUGGCCUGCAGGGCCCUGGGACUCUUGUACGCGCGCCCUCAGUGUUGUUCCGCGCUUGGACCGCUGGGUACGGGCCCAGUCGAUGCCAGACAAAUCGGCUUCAAGGUGAACAGAUGUCGGGGUGAUGAGGCUACACUAACGGACUGCGAUGUCAGCACAUCAGUUGUCUGCCCUUCUGGAAAAUACGCCAGCCUCCUGUGUUCUAAUACUUCACUCCAAGAACAGACACUGACCGUGCGACUUGCUGGACCAGGAGGCUACUACGGCAUGGUGGAGGUCAACCGUUACGGAUUGUGGGGCCCGGUGUGUAACAACAGCUGGGACGAUCGUGACGCUAACGCCACCUGCCGGGGUCUUGGAUACAGUCACGGCGUCACCUUCUACGGUAAUAACGUCCUAGAAACCCCUAUUCUUGUGGGAGACUUCCAGUGCUCAGGGCAGGAGUCCUCGCUGGCAGGGUGCUCCUUUAAGGACAGCAGCGACGACAUUGGUUGCUCGGAGAGGCGUGUGGCUGCCGGUGUCCUCUGUUCCCGUACAUCGGACAUCCAGCUACGGCUCUCGGAUGGCGGACGCAACUAUGGUCGCCUGGAGGUCAUGUAUGAGGGUCAGUGGGGUCGGGUUAUUGGUAGCUACAACUUCUCGGGAAUAAAUGCUGACGUUGCCUGCAGACAUCUUGGAUUUGUAGGUGGGCAGACCGCUCCCGAGUACAUGCGAAGAGAUACCGUUACAGGCCAGGUGUGGAUGAGUGGCAUCUACUGCAAAGGUUACGAGCAAAGUCUGUUUGAGUGUUCGAAUAGUUGGAAUUCCAGUUCUGGAGGUGGCCGGGAUGUAUAUGUCAUCUGCUACAACACGACACGGAUAUCUUCCGGAAAUUCUCUCUCAAUGGGAGUGGUGCAGAUCUACUACAACAAACGCUGGGGGGCCAUCUGUGAUGGCGGCUGGAGUGAGAAGAACACCGCUGUCACAUGCAGACAUCUUGGGUACGACAACGGCUACCACCUGUGCUGCAGCCCUUUUGGGAAAUAUUCCACCCCUAUUGCCGAAAACUUCAAGUGUACGGGCAGAGAGCAGGCAUUGACUAACUGCAGUCACACCCCUUCUGAAAGUCUUAAUUACUGCACGAGAGACGUUGUUUCAGUAGCUUGCUACAAGGGGCCUGCUCCUACAGACUACACGUUCUCACUGGACGGCAGAAACAGAAACAACUCGGGCGAGGUGCAAGUCACCUUCAUGAACAUCACGGGCAGCAUCUGUAGCGACAACUGGGACGACGCCGACGCCAGAGUGUUCUGCAAGGAGCUGGGCUUCCUGACGGGUCAGGCUUUUAAGCAUCAUGUCUCGAAUCGUCCAUUUUGGAUGACUGAUGUACAGUGCACAGGCUCGGAGCGCUUUCUGCGAGACUGCCCCAAGACCCUGGCUGCCGUGUCGCAGUGCUCUACUCAACUUUCUGCUGGAGUCACUUGUUCAGACAUAGAAGGUAAUAACUACCGUUUGGCUGGCAGCAGCUCUUCAUACAAAGGACGCGUGGAGGUACAGGUCAAUGGUACCUGGGGUACUGUGUGUGGUUUCGGCUAUGGUACAUCCUGGGCCAAAGUCGUCUGUCGGAUGCACGGUUUUACGGAAGGAUCUAUAGAUUACUUGGGGAGUUACUCAGACCCUCCCAACAUGAGGUAUCAGAACACCUUCAUGUGCAAGGGAGACGAAGCUGUGCUGGACGAGUGCCCCCACACAGGCUGGAAGACUGCAGACAACUCCUACUCCUGCAUGAGCUUUCCUGCUUCAGUCGUCUGUUAUGGUGAUGUGCGCAUCGGAACAGAUGUUAGAAACGCUCGCCAGGGUUUGGUUCAGUUCUACAAAAACGGAACCUGGUACAACCUGUGUGACACGAGCUUCGAUGACAUCACAGCAAGGCGAGUCUGCCAAGACAUGGGGUACGUUGGUGGUAGAGCUGUCUGCUGUUCAGCCUAUAAAGCAUCACCAUACGAUACACAAUUGUACGAGACCAAUCUGAACUACACUAUGAGGUGCCAAGGAACAGAAAGCGACUCAACUGAAUGCCUCAGACCAGGAGGCUGUUUGUCGGGAAACUUUGCAUCAGUUGUUUGUUUCAACAGUACAGAUGUCGUUGAUGAAGGGUACAGGUUCGACUUCCAGGACAACACAAAGACCAGAGGGCAGGUGGUCGUGACACACCUGGGCGUGGCGGGACGCAUCUGCAACACCUUCUGGGACGACUUGGACGCACGCGUGCUGUGCAGGUCACGUGGUCAUCAUGACGGCGCCGCCUACCACUACUCCCAGUACAACAACUUAUUCCUCCUGCCCAGCGAGCGGGGUCCCUACUGGAUCAGUGACAUCAACUGCACGGGGAGUGAGGCGUCGCUCGGGGAUUGUCCCUUCAACGACCGGCUCCAUCUGGGCAACUGCAGCAUGGCGGACCUGGCCGGCGCUGUCUGCUUCAACGACACCGGGAUACAGUAUCGUCUUGUGAGCGGAGAUCGUCUGGGUGCAGGUCGAGUGGAAAUAUCUGUGGGUGGACUCUGGGGUACCGUGUGCGACACCGACUGGGAUGACGAGGACGCCCGCGUCCUGUGCCGCACCCUGAACUACACGGACGGGUACGCAGUGGGCGAUGCUUACUACGGUCAAGGCGCUGGUCCCAACUGGCUGAGCAACGUCAGGUGUAAGGGGUCAGAGAGGUCACUAGCCGAGUGUCCACACUCAGGCUUCAAUGAUGAGGUUGUCGACCGCCGCUGGAACUAUGGCUGUAGGGGUCAUAGUAACGACGCUUCUGCUGUCUGCGUCGACAAGUUGAAAAUUGCUGGCUUCAACCCUUCAGUGGGGGCCGUCAUGGUCUACCUGGGAGACGCCUGGACCCUGAUCUGUGAUGAAGACUUCGACACCAACAGCGCUGUCACUGCCUGCAGAUCUCUCGGAUUCCCGCACGGACUGCACGUGCGAGGGGGCGUCUUUGGCCGAGUGGACGCGCCGAUCGGCAUCACACACUUGCGGUGCACAGGCCGCGAACCGAGCAUUCUGGACUGUACUUACAAUGUCACCACCUCGUGCAGUUCAAGGUCAUACGCCUCCGUCGUCUGUAGCCGCGAACCUUUCAUUGAGACAAGUGCUAAAGUGCGGGUUAUGGAGGACACCGUGGGUGAACCCUACCAUGGUCUUAUCGACGUGCAGGUGGAGGGAGUGUGGGGCGCUGUGUGUGCCGCAGGCUUUGGGGUCACCGAGGCCACGGUGGUCUGCAAGGAGCUGGGCUUUGCCGGCGGAGUGCCCUAUACUGCGCACUUUUCUGACAGAAACAGAAAGCCCAUCCUGAUGUCGGACGUGAAGUGUCGCGGUGACGAGAACAUCUCUGAUCAACUGUCAGCACACAACGACCUCCACAACCUCCUGGUGCGACUUCUACGCCCCUCGCGCCGGCGUCCUGUGCUACAACGACACCAGCGGCAUUUCUUAUCGCCUGGUCGGAGACACUGACCCCAGUCGAGGACGAGUAGAGAUGCGGUAUGACGGAGUGUGGGGCUUAGUCUGUGUACAGGAUUUCGUAUCUCGGGCAGGUGGACCAGCCUGCAGAAGUCUCGGAUACAGGGGAGGUUUUGGUCGUGUCACA